GUCCGGUUGCAAAUCAUUUCAUUGAGUGUGAUAUGCAAAUAUAUUGUAUUUUUAUAAGAUACCGAUUGAACCAAUGCACAUGUUUGACACAUUGUAACGAGCAACAGUCUUACGUGUGAUAAUCUAAUCUAUAUUUGAUUUUUAAUCGCAUCACAAACACAGUGUCAAGAAAUGAUCGAUGUUGAAGGGCACCAAUUGAAUGAGCUGCUAACUUUGUUGACUAGACAUCGUGAUGGAUCGCUCACUGCAUUCUUUGAAUCGAAAUUAGAUGACAAAUUCAAUGUUGAAAAAGAAAAGGUUAGGGAAUUUCUACAAGAGCACGACAUGGAUAUCGAUGUGAGGAACAAACACGAAGAGACUGCCCUGCAUAUUGCCAGCAAAGCCUAUGUUACGAUUGUGAAAAUUUUGAUUGGCUGCGGAGCCGAUGUGAAUUCCAAGGACAAAACACAAGAAACGCCCUUACAUCUGGCUUGUAUGCGAGAUGUUGAAUGCACGUUCAUAUUUAAAGAAACUACAAAGCCAAAACAUGUCGCUAUAAUGGAAGCUCGCGUUGAGAUUGUAAACCUGCUUGUUGAUAACGGUGCAGAUGUAAAUAACAAAAAUGAGAAAGAAGAAACUCCACUUCAGAUUUCUGCGAUUCAGGGUUUUGGAGAAGUUGUAGAAAAACUCAUCGAUAAUGGUGCGAACAUCAAUGUUGCUGACCAAGACCGAUGGACACCACUCCAUCAUUUUGCUCGAUUAAACUUCGAUGAAACGGUUAAAAUGCUCAUUGCACGUGGCGCCGAUUUGAAUUUGAAGAAUGAUUUGGGACGGACAGCUCUGCUAGAGGCUGCCAGUUGGGGCUGUGAUCGAAUUUUGAAACUGCUCGUUGAAUCUGGCGCCGAUGUUGAUGCCUGCGAUAAAAACGGAUGGACUGCACUUCAUAUGGCUGCACUCGGAAGUCGAAUUGCAAAUGUAAAACUUCUCAUUGAACAUGGAGCUGAUGUUAAUCUUACUGAUAACGAUGGUCGCACUCCACUUCAUUGGGCAUCGCUUGACGGCCAACAUAGAACUGUGGAUAUACUUAUUGAAAAUGGUGCUAACAUUAAUUUAGCGGAUCGAUAUGGAUUGACUGCCAUGAAACUAGCACUCAAAGAAAGUGGCUUUUCGAUUUAAUACUACAAUCGAUAAUCGAUUCCCAAUUUUUCCAGGCCAUCAAAAGCAGUAGAACACAUGAAAAUGGCUUUUAUAGACGACAUAAAUGACAUAAUAAAUAAGAAUUUUUAAAGCUGGAAUCAUUUGAUAUCUCGCAUGUUUAAUGUUCAUCAAUUUAAUAAAAAUUGUGUGCUCGUUAAUUCA